AUGAGCGAGGAAAGUGAAAAAAUAUUGUAUGAGAAAGAAAAGAAAAUUCAAGCCUUAUCAAAAAUAUAUCACAUAAAAUUAGAAACUCUGCUUAUUUAUAUUAUUAUUCCAAAAACACCAAAAAAGAGCUUAUGCUAUAAUGAUUUCUUUGAUAAUAUAAACGCAAUUAAGAAUUAUAUAAAUAUAGAAGAAGAAGAAGAAGAUGAUGAUGAAAAUAAUAAUACAAACGUGAAAGUAAAUGAGGAGGUCCAACAAAGAAAGACGAAGGAUGAUGAUUUAAAGGAUGAAAAUGAAAAGAAAGAUGAAAAUGAAAAGAAAGAUGUAAAUGAAAAGAAAGAUGAAAAUGAAAAGAAAGAUGUAAAUGAAAAGAAAGAUGUAAAUGAAAAGAAAGAUGAAAAUGGAAAGAAAGAUGAAAAUGAAAAGAAAGAUGAAAAUGGAAAGUGUGUAGAAAAUGAUGGUGAUAAAAUAAAUGGUGAUAAAAUAAAUACAAAUAAUAAUAAUAAUGGUGUCUGUGAAAAUGUAUCAAAUAUUAAUAUUAUUUCUAAUAAUUCUUUCGAAAAAGAAAAAAAGAAUAUAGAAGAUCAAGAGAUUCCAGGAGAUAAGAAUUUAUUUAUUAAGAACUUAUUAGUUUUUAUAAAUAAUAUACUUAUUUUAUAUUUCUCAAAAUGUGAUUUAAUUGAUAUAUGUAUUAAUAGAAGAAGUUAUAAUAAGUGUGGUUUUUAUGCAUGUGAUAAUAUAUUUUUAAAUAAUAUUAAUAAUAGUAAAUAUAAAAUUGACACCAAAAAUAAGAAAAUAUAUUUAAGAGAAUAUUAUGAUUUAUUUUGUUCAACGAAUUGUAUGAAUUUUAAUUUAGGAUUAUUAAAACAUAUUAUUCAAAAUAAUAAAAAUAGUAAAGAAGAAAUUAAUUAUAAAAAAAAAGCACAGUUAAUUCAUAUAAUGUUUUUAACCUUCUUUCCAUUCUUUAAAUUGUAUAAUUUAACUUAUCUAAUAAAUAAUAUUAAUAAAUAUCGUAUAGAAUCUAAUAAAAUUUAUAAAAUAAAAACAAAUAUAAACAAUGAAUCUGUAUAUAUACAACAAACAGAUAAUAAUAUAAUCAAAAUGAAUGAAACAAAUAAAAUUAAAGAAAAAAAAAAUAAUAAUAAAAUAUAUAAUCAUGCUACAAAUAUUAAAAUAAAAGAAAAUUUUCAUCAUAAAAAACAAGUAUUCAUAGAAGAAAAUAAUAAAGAUACAUGUUAUAUCGUAAAAAAAAAAGACAAAUGUAAAUAUAUAUUAAUAAAUAAUAAAGAUAAAAAUAUGGAACACAAAAAAUCUAUUUUAAAAAAUAGUAAGGACAACCAAGAAAAUACACAAACAAUAAAACAAAAAAAAGUUUGUUUUAAUGGAAAUAUAAAAUUAUAUCAAUAUAAUAAAGACGAUAAUAUCAAAUCUUAUUCUAUACACGAUUCUACCGUAGACCUUAAAAAUACAUGUGACAAAAAAAAAAAGAAAAAAUUUAAAGAGACAGGCAAAAAGAAAAAAAAAAAAUAUUAUGGGGCAAAUAAAUUUAGUUCUUUCGAUACACAUCACUAUAACUAUACAAAUAAUUAUAUAAAAUAUAAAUUGAUAAAAGAACUAGACGACACAUUGGAUUAUUACAUAUCCAAAGAUAAUAAUAAAUAUGAAAAACAUAAUAUCGAAAAAGAAGAUAAACUUAUAAAUAAUUCCAACACUACAAAUAAUAAUAAAGAAUCCAUAUUAAAUAAAUCUUAUCAUGAUGUUAAUGUAUCAUCAUUAAAUGAGCACACAAAAAAAGAACCAGAAAAAAAUGUAACGAAAAUAAUAAAAGAGAUAAAAAUUGAAGAAAAGGAAUCAAAGAAAGAAAUGAAACUAAAUAAAGAUAACGAAAUAAAAGAAAAAAAUAAUGGAAAUGUCGAAAAAAAAUUAAAUCUUUAUCAAAAAUAUUCAUUAUAUAAUCUAUAUGAAUUAUCUAAAUUAGAUAAAUCAAAAAUGGUAGUGUUCUUGUAUGAUAAUCAAAAAGAAAAUUUUAUAAAUUUUGCUUCACAAAAAAUGAAUGAAAUUAAUAAAAAACACAAUGAUGCUGAAAAGGGGAAAAAAAUACGCUUGUUGAAUAAUUCAAAUGACUAUAAGAUAAAAGGUAAUCAAAUUGAAGAUAAAAGGGAUGAUGAUAAUCAUACAAAUGAUGAUAAUCUUACAAAUGAUGAUAAUCAUACAAAUGAUGAUAAUCAUACAAAUGAUGACAAUCAUACAAAUGAUGAUAAUCAUACAAAUGAUGACAAUCAUACAAAUGAUGACAAUCAUGCAUAUGAUGAUAAUCAUACAAAUGAUGACAAUCAUACAAAUGAUGAUAAUCAUACAAAUGAAGAUACGUCAUGUGUUCAUUUUAAGGAUGAAAUAACCAUAAAUGAAGAAGAAUAUGAAAAAACAAAGGAUGCAGACCAUUGUAUUAAUGAAGAAACAAAGGAUGUAGACCAUUGUAUUAAUGAAAAAACAAAGGAAGCAGACCAUUGUAUUAAUGAAAAAACAAAGGAAGCAGACCAUUGUAUUAAUGAAGAAACAAAGGAUGUAGACCAUUGUAUUAAUGAAGAAACAAAGGAUGCAGACCAUUGUAUUAAUGAAGAAACAAAGGAUGCAGACCAUUGUAUUAAUGAAGAAACAGAUGAUAUAAAAUUACAAGCUUUAUUAAUGGAAAAAAAAGAAAAAAUAAGAGAAGAAUAUAUACAAACUUUUAAGAGUGAUAUGUCCUUAAAUAUAAAAUUAUACGAUAACGAUAAACAUGAAUAUGAACAUUUUAACGAAUUAGAAGGUGAUGUAUCAACAUAUGAUGAUUUAUCAUAUGACCAUUUUAUGGAUGAAGAAUCAGAAUAUAAAAAACAUUUUUCUAAUAAGAUCAUAAAAAUGAAUGAAAAUAAAUAUAUAUAUAGCACAAACAAUGGACAUUUAUAUGAAAAUUUAUCUUUAUAUGUUAUUUUGUGGGAUAUAUUUACAAACACCAAUUCAAAAUAUACAGUUCAUUUUUUUAAAAAAAAUGAACUUAUUAUACCUAAAGGAAUAAUUGAAGAAGAACGCAAAAGAAGAAAUGAAUUUAUACAUAAUAUAUCUCAAAAUAUGCCUACAUAUAUUAAUUGUAUUUCAUCGAUUAUAGUGAAUAUAUGUCGAACAUUCUUAUUUCAUAAACCUUUAAUUCCUUUCAAAAAAGUUAUUUAUAAAUCUAUUAGUUGUGUCAUCGCUGUGGCUAUUAAAUUAUACAAACCUGAUUUAAUUCCUUCCUCUGAAAUGCCUAAUAUAAAAAAAGCAGAAGAUUAUUUAAUUUUUGAAAAUAAAAUAGAUCAAGAAGAAUUAAAUGAUUUGUGUAUGCUUUUUUUUCAAAACAAUUUUUAUUAG